UUUAGAGACAAAAAAAGUAGUACAAAUUUCUGCAAAGAUGAGGGUACAGUUGCUCUCUUUGACAGCAAUUUUGGUUCUGAGUUUCAUAGCUGAAAAAUGUAGACAGUUGGUCGGAGAAGAAUCAGCUUCAAGAAGCAAGACAGAAAGAUUCACAUUCGUAAAUUGCUUCGACAUGAGUUAUGGAACCAUAGGCUGCAUACUCAAGGAAAUAGUGAAGAUUUAUUUAAACUACAUUAGAGCAACUCACGUGCACAAGGUAAGGAAUGAAGCAACAAAAGAAGCAGUCCAAGAAAACUUGUCUAAAGGGCAAAGUCUUGAAGAUGCAGUGAAAACAGGGCAGAAAGUUGGAAAUGCUGCGGCAAAAAGGGCAUCUUUACAAGCAAAACACAUUAUGGGGCCAAUGGUGUCAUCUGGAUGGGACUUUUUUGAGACUAUAUAUGUUGGUGGCACAUUGUCUGAGGCAAUUAUUAGAAGUGUUGGCACAUUGUUGGGGUCAUAUAUUGGAGGAAUUAUUGGGGAAGGGAAAACUAGGUGGUUGGGUUUUCUUUUGGGAAGCCAAUUUGGUAGUUGGAUUGGUGGGAGGUUGGGUCUGAUGUUGUAUGAUGUGGUAAAUGGGCUGAAGUUUCUACUUCAUUUCACCAGGACUAAUAAGAAUGAUGGAGAAAGCAACUCACUCACGUUGAUUUCUAGUUAGUGAAAGACCUUUCCUAUGUAAAUAGAUCUUAAUAUUCCUUGAUUAUGUCAAAGUUUAAACUUGUUAUAAAUUCACUGCUUAAUGUAAAAAUCCUUUGCAUUGGAAAAUCAAGA